AUGUCCAGCUCGGCCAGAGACCAGGCCUUGGUGGCAACCUUUGCAUUCGGUGCCGUCGUCUGUGCCUCUCUGGGGACAGUAUUAUUUCAUCUCAGAGGCGGGGCUUUAUCGCUCUUUCGAGGCGAUCUGAGGCUGGUCCUCGCCGGUUUUCUUCUGUUCGCUUCUCUAUGGGCUGUCGAUGGCUUCGUUGCUACCUUUAUCGACCAAACUUCUGCGUCAGGAUGUCAAAUCGCCGUUGCAUUUGCUGCCGCAUUCGACCAACUCGCCCGAGUCGUGCUCGAAGAAUUUUUAUUCUGGGCUAUGAAAAGCGAUACCCGAGCUACUUGUGGUGUCUUAUUUCCCCAGGCUGUCUUCUUUCUUCGCUUCAUCAUUGGUGGCGUCUUUGUCGGUGUUCAACGACCACAGUUCGACCCAGUAUGUGUGGCCACAAAUCUACUCUGGCCACUCGGCGUUGCGGUUCUGUGUGCGGAUGCCUUCAUUGUCCUUACUCUUGUGACGAGAGCUUCUUCGGUAGGAGUCUUUCGAGACAUGAGAGUAAAAGGCCCUGUUGGGUCUCGAUCCAGGGGCAUCGCUUUGAUCAUGAUGGCCUUGGGUCUUUGGAUUCCACUGAGUGUUCCUAUGAUUCUAGGAAUCAGUUCGUUCGGUAUCGCUACUCGUACCGCCCUUCCCGCUGUUGGAGUGCUGCUCGUCAUAGGCGUCAUUGCUUUCUACUUCAAAGAUGUGGUUUUGCCACUAAAGGCAAUUUCUCAAAAAACUGCAUCGUUUCUCAACAAAUUUCCUGGUUUAUCCGAGGCAGCGCCUCCGCCAACAAGGGAGCCAAGAAACCAGGAGGCGUCCGCAGUCGAGUCGUCCGUCCCACCAGAUAGAUUCGGACGCCCAAGGGAAUACUCACGGGAAGUUACAACUAGCGCGACUGCAAGAGCGCUGUCGUCAGGAGAUGGCAACAAUCAGCUGCCAAUUAUUAGUCGCCCAAGUCCGGGUCAGGCAGCAGCUGGCGUUGGAGGGAUGCCAGUUAAGGGUGAACUUUUCCCACCUAUACGAGCCGGAUCGUUAUCAACGAAGCGAGAGGAGUCUUUGAUGCAACCGACGAAGAAAGCAGUCAUCAAGGGCGGAAAACUGGUCAUAUCUUAUCCGAUAGUUCAAGAGGACAAACUUAGCGAAGCGAGUCCUUUGAAACGGAUUGCAACUGUUGAUUUGGCCACCGCUGCCAGGCAAGACAAAGAACGGAGAGUCAACCCUGCAGCACCUCAGCAGCUCAGCACGAAUAGGUAUAGUAGACAAGCUACCAAAGAAUUGCAGCGAAAGAAAAUUGGUCGAGAUUCUGCCACGGGAAAAACUAGGGCAUCGACUUUGGAGCCUAUCGAGGAGCGAGCGUCAGCGUCACAGGCAGCAUCUUCGGCCGUGUUGUCGGCCCCUGCCACUCCCAGUGGUGAUGUUCGGCAGAGGUCACCGAAACAUAUUUCACAAUGCUUUCAAGGCACAUUUCCAUCAGUUAUUCCAGCUAAGAAUGCUUCCGGGUCAGGAAGUAAAAGUCCCACUUCACGGAAUUCAAGUUCAGGGGUACCUUUGAAGCCGCCGCCCCGAUCGCCUCUACGACCUUUCCCUAAGAACACCACCAGUGCAACUACUUUGAAAGGCCCAGAUAAACCGCUCGCCGAAACGCUAGAUCGGACUGAAGAUCAUGUUGAAGAGUUGAAGAACUCUGCUGCUGCCCCCUCUUCGCAGCAGCAAACUUCGCAAACUCCUCCCUCAAGAAGCGAGAGCGUCUCUCGAAGAAAAUCCAUCGUCUCCCCUGGUAGGACUAUUGACGUUCUUGUGCCUCCAGUGCCUCCUCUUUCGCCGAGGGACGUUGACUCCAGCUCAUACUACCAAUUGGAAAGGAAGUCAAGCAAGCAACACCGAAGAAGUGGGCCAUCAUCAAGCAUUCCUCGCAGCGGAUCAGUUAAAAAUAACAUUCGCCCAUCGAGGAAGAGGCCUAAAACGCCUCCACCAAUUGAUGAAGUGAAAUCGUCAAAAACUCCGGUCCAGCUUCGAGAAACCACGGGGCUUCCCAGCCAUCCCAGAGCUCGGGCUGCAGAAGCUUCUGCCAGUAAGAGCCAGGACCCAACGGUCAUGUUCGUCAACAGUAUCGACUACAAUGAUCCUAGUAGGGUUCGUGACAUCAUUGAUGAAAUAGCAACAGACUUGGCUGCAAAGGCAGAUCGGGGCAAUUCUGAUGACAAAGUUUCAGUGGUCCAUCGACCACGACCAAUCCCUCGAAAGUCACCCAUCACGCCAUCAGGUUCGGCAAAAGAAUCACCGACGGUAGGAUCAACAAGUGAUCUUCUACCUCCGAAAAAGGAAGGGGAGGCAAGAUUGAAAGCCUCAAUUUUAACAGCUACGGCCGGAGAGAGUCCUAGCCAGCCGCCCCCUCCGCCGCCUCCACCUCCGAAGAGCAAACCUCUGGAACCAGCGAGGACCAAGACGUCCGUAUCUCUAUCCAAGACAUAUAACCCAGAGGUGAAGGCAUAUAUAACUCCAGUGGCUCAAACAGGCAUCACCCCACCACCGACUAUAUUACAAACCCAGGCCUCUCAUGACCGAGCUAGGCCAGAGAAAAACGUCAACGAUAGGGAUACCGUUGCCAAGGUGACGCCUCAAGAAUAUGACGAGCCAUCCCCAUCCGGGAAACGCAAGGAGGACGCGACCAGGUACUUGUCCAAGUUCAGCAUAGCCACAACUAUGAGCCCGGAAGACCCGCCGUCUGCAUAUCUUCAAUCGCCAGCUUUCAAGCUUCUUCGAUCGUCACAGGAAGGAUUGAGACGAAGGUCAUCUCCUAUCCUCCCGGUAAAUGAUGCUCGGGAAUCAGUCACUCCUACUUCAAUCGUGAUAGACCAACCAGGAGUCCAGUCAAGUACACCGUCGUAUGCGAAACAGUAUAUCAGAGAACAAGAUCUCGAAGCUGGCUAUGUGUCCAAGUCUCUGGGUGCUGAUCUUGUUGCUCCUGGAAUGCCUACUAGAGUUAGCUAUGCUGAUAGUGCGCUACCAAAUGAUGAGGACGACGGUAGAGAAAUGGUUACCUUCAUGCUUGACCGAAAUACCUACUAUCCAGCCAAUGCGACAUCUACGCCAUCGCCACAAAAUAGUAUGUAUGGCGGUACCGAAGGCAAGAAAGGCUCAUGGCACUGCCGUGUUGGAGAAAACCCGCCUACGUUCUCUAACCGAGAAUCUAUGCAAUCCCGCCGUUUCCCUAAACCACCUCCGCUUGAACUUCACAAGAUUUUCAAACGUAUCAAAGGAUCGCCUCCUCAGCCCCCACCUCUCGACACUGCCAAGCAGGCCAUCGAUGAAAUUCAAGAGCAGCUGAAGAAAUUCGAAGACUCUAAUAUGGAUGCUGCUGAACUUGAAAAAAGGAGAAUGUCUCUCCUCAAAGACAUAGAGAUGGAGAUGGGAAUGGAAGAAAACCGAUGGCAGAAGAUGCGCGACGAUCUAACUAGAGCGUCGGUCUUAACAGUUGGCUCACAUCCAGGUUCUCCGCUUCCCCAUGUAGCAAGCCCUUUAGCAUCACAAAACAUGCAGUCACCGGCGAUGAAUGUGGCCGAGAGUUCUCCAAAGAAUAACAGUCCCUAUCUAUCGGGAUGGGAGAAGGACACGGGGCGUCCGCGAUCAUCUGUCCUUUACACAGCCGAUCAAGUGCAGAUGAGUCGUCCUAGGAGAGUUCCUGAUAGGUUUCAGGUUACCACCGCAAACAAUACGUCCGAGAUUUCGGAGCGGGUUGCCCGAGAAGGGGUCUCAAUCACUACCGGGAACACGUCGCCAGUUGCGCCGUCGUCUCCCUCGAAUAACGAAACAUAUUCAAGGCUCGGAAAUAGCAAUCGUGAGCAACGGCCAAACCAGAAAGAGGAGGUCGCACCUGCCAAAGGCGUUCUGUGGAAGUCAGACAACAUUAAUCAAACCCCCGAAAUCACGAAAUCACAGAUUGCCCUGUGGAACUCCGCCUCUGACUCUGCAAUUCAGUCAACUAGGUCGCUAUCUCCUGGCCCUAGGCCAGAAACUCGAAAGCCUAGAGAAUUCUCUCCCGUGGAGGAAUCUGGACUCUGGGACAAUCCACCAGAAAGCUUCAUACCACAAGCCAAAUCCCCCAGCCUGUGGCGCGCAGCACCUCAAUCACCCAAAUCACCACCACCAUCGCAAGAACCCGCCACUCGCCCGCGCACACUGAGGCCUCCACGGAAGAGCAAGCGUAUCUCUUCACUUCCCGACAUUUUGGAGAAUCCAGAGCCUUUGGAGAACAAUCGCGACGCCUUGGGUAUCUUUCGAUUCCCCUGGGGAGAAACAUCCGAUGCAGCUACAUUGUAUACACCAUUUCAGAACCAAAUGUUCGUGCUGCCAGGCAAUAUGGAUGCAGGAGUUCCUCCGAUUUACCCAACUCUGGAACUUCAGAUGCAGAUUCUGAGAUCCCAGCAACAGCCAUCCUCGUAUUUUGAGCACUACGACGACGAGGAAGAGGCCGUCGAAAACAUUUCCGAGGAUUCGGAUAAUGAUAGUUUUUACGACGAUGACGAGUAUGAGGACGAUUCCUUUGAGGAAAGAACCCUUUGGGAGAUUGCCAGCUUGCUCAAAUCUGAUAGAGUUCCUUCCAGGGAGAGCUUGUUUCCCAACAAUAGCAAUACUCUUCCUGGAUCGUUAAAAACGCUGGAAACUACAGUCCCUGUCAGACCAUCUUCAGUGCCGGCGGCACGGCAACUUGCAGAGGAAGAGGAACCAGAGCACACUGAGAGCGAGCCAUCUCCCGUGCCACUGUUGCGCCGGGAAUCUUCGUCACCAACUCUCCCACCGCCAGAAGUGAGUCUCUGGGUCAACAACGUCCAUAUGCCUCCUAGCACAGUAAACCAGGGGCUUUUCCAAGACGGUAAGCUAUGGGAUACCUAUGUUGAAAUAUAUAAAUCCACCGCGCGCGCUCCUCUCAGGCAGACCAAGGCGUCGGAUAUCACCAGCACCUCACUCUGGAGUCAACCAGCAAUCAAUACUGGCUCACCUCCUAUUGCGUAUUUGUGGUCCGGCGAGUCCAAGUCACAGUCCACGGUAGAGGCCACCGUUGAAAUCACGGAGAUAUCCCGCCCAAAUACCCCUGAGCCAGAGUUUCUAUGGUCGAUACCAGAACCUACCCUGGACGAAGAUGUUUUUGGUCUGCCACAGCCAAAGUCAGAGCAUUGGGAUCACUAUAACGACCUUGGGGAAGUGAUUUUGCGCCCAAGGCCCCGAAAAGGCGGUCAUUUGAACAUCGAGAGCCAAUAUCUGUGGAAACAGGGAACCCCUCAAGAAGAGCAGACAAACAAAAAGCUCUGGUUGGAAGGAAUCACGCCGGCAUCGCCUUCUGAUGGUACUAAUGAAGGGGGCACUUCACUAGCCACUGACAUGACAUUAUCAAUCGAAACGCGAAUCAAAAGCCAAGAGUCGGAAGAGGGUGCCAUUUCCAUUGAAGAGCAGCCCACCUACGAUACAGGUAUUAUCAUUGGGCCACAUGACGAUAUCGUAAUAUCCAACCCUCGGGGUAACGAUCUAUGGGUCCCCAUUUCCACACUUCCCCUGGAUGAGGAGGAGCACCAAGGCCUGUUCAAAAUUCAACAAGGCAGCUACCAGCACGACAAGGGAUAUCGCAGAAGUUCAAAGUCCCCCGCAGCGCUAGAAACUCGUCCCACGCCGCGAUCAAGUCGUCAGCCUCUCCAAAAGCUUGAGUCGCACGCUCUCUGGGCACCGGCUACUCCGCAAACAUUUGCUCAGGACUGGGUCACGCUCUCUUCCGUCCGACCCAGCACUCCGCCCGGCCAACUGUCUUAUGAGUCGGGCAGCGAAUCGCCCGUUUCGGAUAUAUCCUCGGUGUAUUCCAACGUGACUGGCGAAUCCACUGUGGCCAGCUUCCUUACCGGCCAAGCCUCCGUGCAACUGAAGCCGCAUCUCGUCACAGACGCAGACUGGAUGGCUACUCCCAAGGGAACAACAGGUCCUGCUACCCGGCCCCGGAACGAGAUUGCAAGAUCGGUACCUAGCUGGGCCGCAGCUCUUCACGAUCCCCCCGAAAAAGCUGCUCAACCACCAACGGCAUCUGCUUCGCAGCCAGAACAAGAAGCACUGCAGUCCACAAACGAGGAGACCCAACCUGCCGUCGCUCAGGUAGAUGCAGGAGAAGAAAUAUCGGCGCCAGAGAAACAACCAAACCCUCUCAGCCACCGCCGGGAAACCCAAAUAGGCGGCUUCGAUCCCGCAAGACACCACCCCGUCUUCAACGUUUACAUCCUUGACACAUCAAACGGGGACUACCACCCCGCUGCCGAGGGUUACAUCCAUACCCUGGUAAACAAGAACCCAGACUUGAUUCAGCGAUAG